CGCAACCCACUUAAUCACUUGCAUUUGUGUCCGGGACAAUCCCGCUGGCUUUUGGUGUUUUACAAAAUUCCAAAUCUCCUAAUAGACCACUUUUCUCGCUCAUCCAUCACAGUCGCAAGCAUCAUGUCCAAGCCACCGACCCAAACUAUCACGCGCAUUAACCACCUUCUCAAACACUGGCCCGUUGACCAUGUCCGCCCUUCAGCCGUCUCCGUUCAGACAUACCUCCAGUCCCACCUCCCUCAAACCUCAGAGAACCCUUCUAAGCAGCCGCAACAACAGUCGUCACAAUCGCCACCUCCGCCUCUGUCAGAGGCCUCUUUGAAUGCACUGUCGUCGCUGUUGGAAGAUCGCUAUGCCCGACGGUAUCCAUUGCCUGCUAAGCUGCGGCGGCCGACGGGUAACCCGGACUACUAUGACAAUGUCGUUAAAGAGUUCUCAGAGGCUCCGACACGGGAUUUCUGGGGGAGAGUCAGCGCGAGGUUGAAGGGUCUUUUCAGGUUUAGCUAGGGUACUGCAAUAUUGGCAAUCUUGGAAGUUAGGGAUGGGUUGAGGAGUUUGUAUACUUAUGCUUCAAUGUACUACUAUCUAUCUACUGCGAUGGGAAUAUAGAUCACGGAUAAAGAUUACCUUCACCGCAUCACGUUUAUCUUAAUAUCUUCUGGUGGGGGCAAUGUACAGUUACUGUCCGAGACAUAUUUUUGAAUAAUAUGAACUGUU